AUGGCUGGUUCCCAUCCACGAGACACUGGAAGAGAUACAUCGCGGCGGGGGCAUGUUCCACAACUGUCGAUCAGCGACGAUAGCCACCACGUUACGGAGACCAUCAGCCAAAUGUACGAUGACAACUACGACAAGAGGAAUUCAAAGCGAUUGAGUUUUGUUGCAACACAGCAGGACGAAACUAUUUCUACCACUCCGAUUACUAAGAACAAUUCCGGACCCUCUACUUCACCGCACCAGCUACACCAUCUACCUAUUAGAACGAGUUCAAUCGACGGGGAGAGAACAAAUGGGCAGCUACGAGACCAAACGCCCCCUCGAGAUGGUGCUGCACAGCGAAGUAACGGAGAGUUGUCGCCGGGGUUGAGCCGCGCUGCGGCAACGGAGACUACCACCACGAACUUCAAAGUCGACGACCUCGACUAUGAAUCGGACCCUGCGGCUGUCGCGCAGGAGCUAAAUAACCUGGCAGCCCUCAGGAGGAUGUCAAUGGAUAUUGGGGCGCUUGACCCAGACUUACCAUCUUUCAGCUCGAGUUUCAACAUGCCGUCUAUCGCGCCGUCCGCCUCUGCUGACGAAGAUGAUACCUCCAGAUUGUUCUGGGUUCCAGCACGGCUCCAUCCUGGAAUAGCACCAAAAGAGUUUAAAUCCUUUCUUGAAAGCAAGUCGGAGCAGAUUAAAAGGCGAUCUGGAGAGCUGUCUUUCCUGGAUCCUAACCCAGGUGGGCAGCAAGGCUCAGGUGGGGAGCUGCGGAGAAAGAAGUCGAUGUUGUCUAGGCAAGUAGAUUCAUCGAGUGUCAAUAGCCGUUCCGACAGCAUCAGAUCCUCCCCUCCGAAUUUAGAAGCACUGGCGGAAGAAGCAUCGUCCGGCGCAUUAUUGAAUAAUUUUGCUGAUGAUCGGCCUAUCCUCCCACCCGCUCCUCCUGGCCAUAGCUUAAGAAGGUCGACUCGAACUACUUAUAGGAAGGGUAGCUUGAAGGCAGGAGAGAGAGUUCCAAGACGGUUCCCGAGACAAUCAGAUUCAAAUGCAGAUGCUGCACGAUGUGGAUCUCCGCCUUCAACAGCUGAUGCACCCAUCCUUGGACUAACUAGAGUGUCUACUGAUCCAAUCCCAGUCCUUGAUAGCACGAUUAGCUCUUCCCGAUAUUCUCCAAACACAAAACUCGGAGACAAUCCUGAUUCUAACCGAGAGUCGCGACAAGAACGUCCAAGUCUAGGCCUUCGAACUACUUCAGCAACUCAGAUGCAAGGGUCAGCUGCGCAAACGGAAUCUACACCACGUCCAAUCAUUAAAAGCCCUGUAUCUCAACAUGGGUCGCCGCGAACUGAGACGUCUGCAGCAGACAAGGCUUCUCCUAUUACUUCUAAACAACCCUUUAUUCCGGAGCGCAAAUCUUCCCAUGACCCGCCACCUUCCCUUCCACCACAGAUGCCUUUACCACCAGAGCCUACAGGAAACAAGUCUAGAAAGGCAUCACUCAAACAAGGUAAAGAUACUCCUCCGCCACUGAGCGAUAUCGCGGCCCAUCCGUCUGCGCUGCCUGGGAAUAGCACAAGAACAGAUAGCUUAUCAAUCAUACCUACUAUAGCAGAAGACAAAAAACCGGACAAAAAGUCAAAGGAGAAGAAAGAUUCCGAGGGUGGUCGAAAAUCGAGCUGGCACUGGCGACGAAGCACAGACGACAAAGAUAAGAAGAAGGACGAUGAUGGAAAGAAACAUAAGUCCAAAUCGAGCAAGUCGGGCGAUAGAAUGCAUGAUAACACCCGUCUUGACGUUCUGCAGACAUCUAUUGAUGGAGGUACCAAAGGCCGAGAAAGUCUGGUGCUUGAUCGUUCGGAGGUCAAAAUGGACGAGGACCGGCGAAAAGAUCGGAGAUCCGAGAGCGGCGAGGUCAAGAAGGAAAAGGAAUCCAGCCUCUUCUCGUCAAUAUUCGGAAGUAAGAAGAAAGGGAGUGACAGUCACAGGAAACUCUCGCGGAAUCUGUCUCCAGAACCGCGUGUGCGGGAACUCCGAGCCGAUAUCGAUUACAACUGGACCCGAUUCUCUCUUCUCCAAGAACGAGCUAUAUACCGUAUGGCCCAUAUCAAGCUUGCGAACCCACGGCGUGCACUGUACUCACAAGUCCUUUUGAGCAAUUUUAUGUAUUCCUAUCUUGCAAAAGUACAACAAAUGCACCCGCAUAUGGCUUUACCUACGUCGCCGGCACAGAACCAGCAGCGGAAGAAGGAACAGCAUCAACAACAACAACAACAACAACACCAGCCCCAACACCAGCAUACUGAUGAGUAUUCUCAGUACCAAGGAUAUCAGGAACAGGAUCACUAUGGCGAUCAUUCAGGCUACACACAUGAUGACCAAAUGUAUUAUGACGUGGAUGGAAACGGCAGUCCCAGAAACAACCAAAGUUAUGAUUCCGGAAGAGCGUGGGGACCCGAGCAUGGUCCGCGUGCUACUUCAGGUGGAAACGAUUCUCAGUUAGAUGACGAUGACAUGUGGUGACUUUGAUAGAAUUUCGAUCUUGCAUUUCAUGCAGCCGAAAAAAAAGUACUCGGUUUCUCAGGAUCUUAAUAGUUUAUUUCUCUCGGCCUGUUUCUCGUUAAACUUACCCCGAGCAACUAAUGACUGGACCUUGUCGGGCCUUUUGCGUCCCCUCCCCUCCCCCCAUAACUCCUAUAUUAUGCGUUUUCGGCCAUGGGUGUCUUUAACACUCCAGUUUAUGAGCCUGGAGCCAAGACCACAUGAAAGUUUUCUGCACAUAUCACUCCGGAUACCUCUGCUCCUGUUUUAUUUCCCUAUAGCAUAGCGGGUUGUUCACGAAACUCUUUUUAUUCCCCUUUGAAGGGCUUGGGAGUGGUUUUGCCGUAUUACUCCUUAACCAUAUCCAUAAUUUAUGUUUUUAAAUCCUUUUAUGAUUCAUCUUUGUUUCCCCAGGUUGUGCCUUUGGGGGAAUAUUCUUCUGGCUUUGUUUGCAUGCUCUGUGAUGUGGUCUGAACGUGGCUUGCAGCCCUGCGUGCCCUGCAACAACCCUUGUUGCUGUUUGGUUCUGUGUAACCCUCUUGGACACCUCUAAAAGCUUGGGAUAGAUGUAUAUAUUUUAUAUCAA